UUAGCUAAAAAAAGAAAAGAAGAAAAAAAAAAGAAAGACUUCCGCCCGGCCCCCGGACACGGACCGGAAGUCACUCCCUCGCUUCACCAUGGUACCUCCUGUCGCAGUGUCGCCGCUCAUCAAGACGGCCAGGUGGUCCGCUCUGCUGCUAGGCGUGUUCUAUGGCAAACAGAGGUUCGAUUACCUAAAGCCCAUUGCUGGGGAGGAGAAAAGGGUUGAGGAAAUGGAGAAGAAGGCCAGAGAGGAGCAGGAGCGCAUCUACAAACAACUGUCUGAAGCCAACUCUGACACCAUCCUCAAAUGAACAGUUUCUGGACCUGUGCAGUUAUGUUCCAAACUCAAUAAAAACAAAACAUAUUUUUCAUGUAUUAA